GCACUUUUCAGUGCCACCCAUAAUAUUCAAAUAGCAGAGUUUGAAUGCAGAAAGCACGGUAUUUUAAACAUGCGAAUAAAACCUGUUGGUGGAUUGCCUAGCUUGUUAUUGCUUUAACGGAUUUCCAGGGAAACAAAUUAGGCCUACUGCGAAAAUAGUAUAUAGAAUGCUCAAUAUAUAUAUGUGCGCCUAUUUGUGUAUGUAUAAAUUUGAACGCUGCUAUAUUUCCUCUUUGGUAGCACUAGCCAAGGGUCUUCGAAAUGACACGUUAUAAACCAGAAUUACACACGAGGCAGGAAACGUAUCCAGCCAUUUUUUAGCCCUCAAUGGUGCGUCGUUGCUCUCUACACACAAUGUCUAAACAAAUAUUUAACUGGUGUUGUGACUGCAUGUUGUUUUUUUCAGAUAUCUUAGUCACUUAUCCAAAAAUGAUACCACGGCGACGUAUCUAUGAUAUGGCAUCGGCUAAUCUUACGAGUAUUCAUGCAGGUAGUUCCUAAUGAAGUAGAUAGUUACUUGCAACAUAAGAAGGAAUAUAUAUAUAGGAAAUGAGGAGCUGGUGUGGAGUUUUCGCAAAAUUCAAGUGUGAGGCAGUUUAGAUUACUUUGUCUUAGGAGUUAACUUACCCAUAUAUAGGAACAAAAGCAGCACAUAUACUUUCUCGUGAAUACGAGGUGCUCAUAACCCGUUUUUUCCUUAACUGACCAGAAUUCAUGCCCGCUGGAAGAAUAUUAGACAAUCAUCAUUUUCUACGAACAAUUUCGAUGAUUUAGUACAAUAGCAAUUAUUUACCACCAUGUCGGAUCAAAGUUCACCCAUUCCAAUACCCGAACCAAGUGCUGAUCCUAUUCGCGAAAAUAUACAAGACGAUGAGCAAACUCUUCCGGCACUACAGCCACCACCUUACGUACCUACGGAUCCAUACCCCGAUGCAAAGUUUAUGAAUCAAGAAUUUAUUGCAUCGUAUACAAUCACUACACAGCCAAUGACACACCCUUAUGUGGCUAAUGCUGAUCAAGCCCCGGUUACGUUUCAGAACAGAAAUUAUUAUCCACCUGGGGUGACAACAUAUUCAGCAGAACCGAAUUCAGGGUCAACGGUUUUAUUUCACACUGCAGGAUAUAACGACGUACCUGUUGUGGUAACGUGUGUAAACUGCCGUAAAGUCGUGACAUCACGUAUUGAUUUUGUAUCGGGAGGUUUUACCUGGUUGAUGUGCUGUUUUAUAUGCAUCAUAUGUCCCCUAUUUUGUUGGCUGAUUCCAUUUUGUAUUCCGGGAACGAAAGACGUUUAUCAUUACUGUCCCGAAUGCAAUCAAAUGAUGGGAGUGUGCAAACGUAUGUGAAAAUCGCACCACCGAAUUGAACUUUACAUGACACCUCCGCAAUAUGUACCUAUUCUUAGAAAAUAAUUAAUAGUAGCCUACUUCGAACGUAAUACAGCCAAAUGUAUUGAGGCCGAACAAUAAAAAUAGUGUUUCAUGAAAAUAUUGUUUUUUUGACCUAUUUUCUAUGCAAUCGAUUAUUUUUAUCACUUUAAUUUUUUUGCUUAUACUCUUGCCUAUCGGGUUUCGUUUGUGUAU